UAGCGUUCUGAGCGGCCUGAGGGCGGGGCGGGGGCCCGGCGGGUCGCUGAGGAGGGGGUUGGUGGAGGACGCUUCCCGCGGGCGCGCGGAGCCGAGCGGGUGACAGACACGCACGCGCGCCGUGCGCUCCCGACUCCUGCGCGGCCCCGCGACCCCCGUCGGGCCGCUGAGAGGCGCGCGGCGUCCGCGCCGCAGCCGUCUAGGGUUCCAGUCCCGGGGCGUCCCGGGGCGUCCCUGGCGUCCCCAGCCCGAGUGUCCGAGCGCCGGGCCGCGCCCGCUCCUGCCCCGCGUCCCGUCCUCGCCGCUGUCUGAGACUGUCCCCUGACUCGGCUUUCCGCACCGAGGGCCGGGUCCUCGCGGCCCAUGGUGGCCGCUGGGGACCCACGCAGCCGAAGUCUGUGUCGGGCCGGCCAGCCGGCCACCAUGGUGGCCCUGAGGCCUGUGCAGCUCCUCCAGGGGGGCUAAUAGACCCAGAACGCCGGCCUAGGGGUGAGAGGGUCCCAGGCCAGAGCCCCCCGCCAUGGCUGGAGCCAUCGCUUCCCGCAUGAGCUUCAGCUCGCUCAAGAGGAAGCAGCCCAAGACGUUCACGGUGCGGAUCGUCACCAUGGACGCCGAGAUGGAGUUCAACUGCGAGAUGAAAUGGAAAGGGAAAGACCUGUUUGAUUUGGUGUGUCGGACGCUGGGGCUUCGGGAAACCUGGUUUUUUGGACUGCAGUACACAAUCAAGGACACCGUGGCCUGGCUCAAAAUGGACAAGAAGGUGUUGGAUCAUGAUGUUUCGAAGGAAGAACCGGUUACCUUUCACUUCCUGGCCAAAUUUUAUCCUGAGAAUGCUGAGGAGGAGCUAGUUCAAGAGAUCACACAACACUUAUUUUUCUUACAGGUGAAGAAACAGAUUUUGGAUGAAAAGAUCUACUGCCCUCCUGAGGCUUCAGUGCUCUUGGCUUCCUAUGCUGUCCAGGCCAAGUAUGGUGACUAUGACCCCUCUGUGCACAAGCGGGGAUUUUUAGCCCAAGAAGAAUUGCUUCCAAAAAGGGUGAUAAAUCUCUAUCAGAUGACUCCGGAAAUGUGGGAGGAAAGAAUUACUGCCUGGUACGCGGAGCACCGGGGCAGAGCCAGGGAUGAAGCUGAAAUGGAAUAUUUGAAGAUAGCUCAGGACCUGGAGAUGUAUGGUGUGAACUACUUUGCAAUCCGGAAUAAAAAGGGCACAGAGUUGCUGCUUGGAGUGGAUGCUCUGGGACUUCAUAUCUAUGACCCUGAGAACAGGCUGACCCCCAAGAUCUCCUUCCCAUGGAAUGAAAUCCGAAACAUCUCCUACAGCGACAAGGAGUUUACUAUUAAGCCCCUGGAUAAGAAAAUUGAUGUCUUCAAAUUUAACUCCUCAAAACUUCGUGUUAAUAAGUUGAUCCUCCAGCUAUGUAUUGGGAACCAUGACCUAUUUAUGAGGAGGAGGAAGGCUGACUCUUUAGAAGUUCAGCAGAUGAAAGCCCAGGCUAGGGAGGAGAAGGCUAGAAAGCAGAUGGAGCGUCAGCGGCUGGCUCGGGAGAAGCAGAUGCGGGAGGAGGCCGAGCGCACGAGGGAUGAGUUGGAGAGGAGGUUGCUGCAGAUGAAGGAAGAAGCGACGAUGGCCAACGAAGCCCUGAUGCGGUCUGAGGAAACAGCUGACCUGCUGGCUGAAAAGGCACAGAUCACAGAGGAGGAGGCCAAGCUUCUGGCACAAAAGGCUGCAGAGGCUGAGCAAGAGAUGCAGCGAAUCAAGGCCACAGCCAUUCGGACAGAGGAGGAGAAGCGCCUGAUGGAGCAGAAGGUGCUGGAGGCUGAAGUCCUGGCACUGAAGAUGGCUGAGGAGUCAGAGAGGAGGGCCAAGGAGGCCGAUCAGCUAAAGCAAGACCUUCAGGAAGCCCGAGAAGCAGAGCGAAGAGCCAAGCAGAAGCUCUUGGAAAUUGCCACCAAGCCCACAUAUCCACCCAUGAACCCAAUCCCAGCACCACUGCCUCCUGACAUACCAAGCUUCAACAUCAUUGGUGACAGCCUGUCAUUCGACUUCAAGGAUACUGACAUGAAGCGACUUUCCAUGGAGAUAGAGAAAGAAAAAGUGGAGUACAUGGAGAAGAGCAAGCAUCUGCAAGAGCAGCUCAAUGAACUCAAGACGGAAAUCGAGGCCUUGAAACUCAAAGAGCGGGAGACAGCCUUGGACAUCCUGCACGACGAGAACUCAGACAGGGGCGGCACCAGCAGCAAGCACAGCACCAUCAAGAAGCUCACUCUGCAGAGCGCCAAGUCCCGAGUGGCCUUCUUUGAAGAACUCUAGCAGUGACCCGGCCACCUCAGGAUCUGCUGCUUCUGUUCCUGACAGCAACAGGAUGGGCCUGGCCCCAUGGGAACCAUCAAUAGGGGGCUGGCUUGUUUGGGAACUCUGAGUAGAGGGCCCAAUCCCUUUGUGUGCAGUUGGUUUUGAACUCUGGCCCUGUAGAGAUCUCUCAAGGUGUUCUAGUUCUCCUGGCCUGCAUAUUUCUUUUCUUUCUUUCUUUUUCCUUUGAGAAGUAUUGUUGUUGUGCAUGGAUACCAUCCUUCCUACAUUCUAGGCCCUGUGGUUAAGUGUCCUAGUGCCUGCUGCUGAUUCCAGAACCUUGUUUGGAAGUGGCUUUAGGAGUCCAGUGUAGAGGCUGCCUAAAAUCUACCAUGCUGGUGCUCCCUGCUCCCUCCACAGCGAGAGCCUGACACAGUGCAGAAGUGGGGCCAGGCUCCUCUGAGACAGUGUUGUAACUGUCUGAUGGCAGGCAGCGGGCUUAAGAUAGAAGUUGUGAUGAAAGGCUGGUGGCUAGCUGAAGGGCUGGGGGCGAGUGGAGCCCAUGCGGGGAUCCGAUAGUACAAUAUGUACAUGACUCCCUUCAGGCUCAGUCACUUGCCUGUGAUAUACCGGGUUUCCUGGUCACAGUCCCAUCAGUGCCUGGGACCCAGCUAUGACCAAGGCCUCCCUCCAUCAUGCCAUUCGGCACAUGGAACUCCAGAGCCCUGGUGCCCAUCCCGCCAUCCUCUCCCCAGCUCUAAUACCUAGGCCUCAUUGCCCUCGCCCUCCCUAAGGGCCCAGCAGUGUGUCUCUUCUUUCCUGAGCCUGACAGAGGUGUCCACUCACAGUCAGGGGUCUCACAGGUUAACCCUAUGGGUUGCCUCUGUGCAGGGCAGCAGAUGCAUACCAUGCGGCUCACACACUCCAUGGUUGGGUCUACCUUCUUUGUAUUGGGUGUCACUACUGUGGCCAAUCAGGAUCCUUCAGGUCCUAGCGGAACAGGUGAUAUGCCUCAAUCCAUGAAAAGAUGUAUGUAUAUUAACUGAAGACAGCUGAGUCGAGGGGCUGGGAGCAAAGGUACACUCCACAGUACAAUUUGGUUUUGAGAAACUGAGGUACUCUACCUUGUUCCCACUGGCUGGCUGCCCGUUUGGCCACUUUGCCAUAGUUAGCCACCCCUGAGUGUCACCUGGCCUCCUUGGGCACCUAGGUUACGAUCUAGUCUGGAACCUAAGGCUGCGGGAAAGUCCUCCAGAAUUGACACACUGGCAUUUGCCAAGCCUGCCCUGGCUCUGAUGUUGAACUGUCUUCUUGGUCCUGAAACCCAUCCCUGAAUUUCUUCCAGGAUUGACUUUCUUCCUCUCUGUAAAUUUAAUCUUUGACAAUGGCCAUGGGGCACAGGAGCAUGAAGCUGGUGUCUAAAAAUUAUGUCAGGUCUUAUUUUUUAAUUGAACUACUGUUUGUAUCUCAAGUUUGGGGAAUGCCAAGCUUCAUGACCACGUGGGAGCCCUGGUAUUUGAGCAGUGACGGUGUAACCAUUGCCCAUUGCCUGGUAGGUGAGGCCAAAACCCACUCAGUCAGGAGUACAUCAGCUCCCCUGAAGAAUGUCUUCAGCCCCAGGAGAAAGAGGACUGAGUUCUUUGUGGGAGGCAGUUUAGUGUCAAGGAGAGACAUCUCUGAAGUCCAAGGGAAGUGGGCUCCAGCCCAGGCUAUUUCCUUUCUAGCUUCAAUAGCUCUUGUGAAGAGGUACUGUGAUACUCAGUCACUUCUCAGUGCAGGACACUGAGGCCUUGCUGUUGGCCUGUGGCCGGUCAUACAUCCUGACUGAGGUCAUACCUCAGCCACAGCAGCACUCUGACCCGGGGUCACUGCUCAGUUAUUGGUUUACUUGCCAGGCCUUGCUAAAUAAUACCCAUGGAUGUAUAUAACACUACUUGAGUUACUGUUUUAUCAUCUUGUAGACAGGUUUCUCUUGUUCCCUCACUUUCAAAACAAUCCAGAAGCUGACAGUCAACAGCAGUGACUAACUGUCCUUGCCAACAGGGUCAGAGCCUCAAAGCCCCUGGUGCAAGCAGCCUUCAUGGGGGGGCGGGGGGGGGGGAGAUCCAGCCUCUCCCAGGUGCCUGAGGCCAAGCCAGUGCCAUGGGCUUCCAUUCCUUUGUUCUCUUAUUAAACAGCUCUUCCUGGGAGGCCCAUGUCACACCUGUUGGGCCCAGAACAUGAAGCUGUUUUCUAUUUGGGGUGGGGGUGAUUGUAAUUUAAGUGAUUGUUUUAAUAAAAAUUCUAAGCUGCUAGAGUCUGUCA